AUGGGUGGAAGAGCCGGAGUCCCGUUAGUCCGCGGCUCUGAUCUGUUAACGACACCUGCUACGGAUACCAAACCGGAAAGGGAAAACCCCACACAGCGCAGGGUGACGGCGAAUGUCAACAUCCGGGUGAACGUAGCGAAGAAACAACGUGGAGAAGUAGCUUCGCUGGUGAUGAAGAUGGAGAGCAAAACGCAGUCGGAUAAUUUUAAUCUGGUGCUCGAUUCUAGUGAUGAUGAAGCUCCAGAAGAGGUGACCUUCGAGGACUCCAGGGCGCAGGCUCUGCGGAGCAUGAAACAGGCGCUGGAAACAGCCAGAAGGGAAAAGGAGCUGCUGAAAGAAAAAAGAAGGAAAAGACAAGAGCUCUUCCAGGAACAGAAGAAAAGAAAGCUCUUACCAGUUGAUGUCUUGGAGGAAAUUGACUCAGCUGCUUCAAAGAAGCAGAAAGAGUCCGAGGAUGAAGACUUUUCUCACGGAGAUGAAGGGGAGGAGGAUGAGAAGACGAUGAAGAGGGGGAAGAAGAGAGGGAGGUUGGCAAACAGCCGCAAUCUGAAGGGGAAUUACACGGUGACGACGGUGACCAAGGAGCCAGCGGCGUCCAUGCAGCAGCGAGCUGCUGAGGAUUUCAUCCAGUCCAGACUCUACGGACCAGGAAGCUGCAGGAGCACAAAUAACGAGCUGCUGUCGCUGCAGAACAAGACGGGAAGGAAUAAAGGAGCAGCGGUGCAGUUUGUCAAGAAAGACUGGGCCUCAAAGGAAAAAGCCAAAGCAGAGAAGCUGAAGAAGAGGUGGAUCCACAAGCAGCAGGUUUCCUCCUCCUGCUAGAGGACGUUUGGACGUGGACAUGUGAACAGACGUCCAGAGUCAGGGACGAAGGCUGCAACGCCUCCGUCCAUGAACGAACUGUUUUCUGCUGCAGGAGCGUCACACAACCUGAACUUUUGAGAUUAUCUGGAGGUUCCAAAGUCAGGAAGAACAUGUGCUGAAAGCAGAUCUUUAAACCUUUAAACCUUUUUCCUGAAAUUGAAACAGUGACAGAAACAUUCAGGUUAGUAAUGGAUUCAUAUGAAGGGUUUUUGGUGUUAAACCAGGAGUCUGAUCUCAGAAACAGUUUCUACCUGUGUUUCAGAUGUUUUUAUCCUGUUUGUAUUAGUUCCUGUGCACUAUAUGGA